UGCAACAAAUAAUUGGUCUCAAAGCCAAAUCAGAAGGAAAGCAACGAAACUGGAUCCUCUUUGACAAGCUUAAAACACUGUAAAGAAGACAACGAGCUCCUGUGGAAAGGAUCAGCAAUCUGCUUUUCUAACAAAUCCAUCGAUUCAACUGAAUUCUGAAGAACAGAUAGGAGAAUGUCGGUUGUUCUUGGAGCCCUGUGGGUAGCAGUUUGGAGUAUGAUAAUUGCCAUACCAACUAAUGGAGCUGCAGCCGAAAACAACAAUGAGAUGGAUGAUAUGACUCCCUUACUUUUCGGCCAAUACCCUGAAAUACACUAUCAUGGAGAUAACUUCGGUUACCAGAAACGUUUUUCAGAGUUCCUGGGAGGACCUGGAAAAAGAUAUUCCGAAUUCUUGGGAGGGCCAGGGAAGCGUAUCGAUGAAUCUCAUUCCAAGAGUGGUGAUAGACUAAAACGAUUGUCAGAAUUUCUCGGCGGACCAGGAAAAAGAUCUUCAGAAACUUCACCACAAGACACACAAGCAUCCAAACGUUUCUCUGAAUUUCUCGGUGGACCCGGAAAACGCUUUUCAGAAUUUCUUGGUGGACCCGGAAAGCGAUUUUCCGAGUUCCUUGGCGGACCUGGAAAACGAUUUUCCGAGUUCCUUGGCGGACCUGGAAAACGAUUUUCCGAGUUUCUUGGUGGACCUGGUAAAAGAUUUUCAGAAUUCCUUGGAGAACCUGAAAAACGUUAUUCAGAAUUCCUUGGUGGACCUGGAAAGCGAUUUUCCGAAUUUCUUGGUGGGCCUGGGAAACGAAAUAUCAAUGAUCCCUCAGAGUUUGAAACAGACAGUUCUCAACAUGUUCAUAGUAUCAAAAAGCGCUUGUCGGAGUUUCUAGGAGGUCCGGGAAAAAGAGAUGCAUUUGGUGUCAUCAGAUACUCUGAACCAAAGGGCUCUGAGUUUUUAGGAGGUCCUGGAAAAUGAUACCAACAUCAUAUGCAUAUACAUAUUUACAGCAAUGAGAAAUGUAUUAACAUUAAUAUAAUAAUAAUACUUCUUACAGAUGAGACA